UCCCCCGUCCGAUCUCUCCUUCCUUUUCGCUUGCUUGCUCUCUUGGCGUUCUUCUCUUCCUCUUGGGCGUCUCCGUUUGUGUCUCCAAAGCUGAGUAUUAUCUCUCUCUUGCUUCUCUUUUUUUUGGGUAAUUUGAGAGAUUCUGGUCUUUUAGGUUGUUUUCUUUUGUGGUGGAUGCCUUGUUCCGGAGGGAAGUUCAUUAAAAAAUAUCAGAUUUUUGUGUCCUGAUUCGUCUGAUUUAUCUUCGAUCUCUUGGUGCUUGGGGAUUUUUACGGCAUAUUUCGGUUAUUAUCUUGUCGUGGAAACGAUUUCCUGUUCCAAAAUCCGAUCUUUUUGGUGGUAAAUUAUACUAAAGAUUGGGAUUUUUGGUCGCUGUUUGGGCUGAUUUCUCCCAGAUUUCUGGAUUUUCCGGAGGUUUUGUUGCAUCUUUGGGCUGUUAUCUCUUCUGGGAGUUCCAAAAUCCGAUCUUUCUGAAGGUGGGUUUGGUCUGUGGUUCGAGGGUUGUCCCGUUAGAUCUUUCGUCUGGCACGAAUCCCUGUUUCAGAAUCUCUUCUUCUGGGGUCCUCCACUACGAAUUCCACAUUCUAUUAGACAGCAAUUGUUUAAAGAUCCCAUUUUCAAGCUACUUUCUUGCUGUUUUUGCCCCAAUUCCAGCUUCUGUCCCCUCAAAUUUGGCGUUCCAUAGAUCAAUUCAGCUCCAUUCAUCUCCAAUCAAAACCCUCCUUUCUACUCUUAGGAAUCUGUCUCGCUGAUUGCACUGGAGCUCCCUAUUCAUGAUAUCGAUGGUUUCGUGCCGAAGUCCAUUAAGAGGACCUCUCUAGCCUUUAUGAACUUCGCUCCACACCGCCGCCGGAUCUGCUUCCUGCACUCCUUCUCUGUGGUGUUCCUUUACCAUUUCUACGUGAUCUCAUGAAUUAAAUUUCUCAACUUUGAUCACGUCGGUCCGAUAUAGACUGUGAAUUCUCGAUCAAUUUGACUCCUGGAGAUAUCAGGCUAAGUAGAUUAGGAUGUCGUCAGUGCCGGCCCCCCAGACAUCUGGUUCCGAGGAAGAUGCACAGCUCAUAGUGGAUGAGAGGAAGCGCAAGAGGAUGCUCUCGAACCGGGAAUCAGCAAGGAGGUCCCGGAUGAGGAAGCAGCAGCACCUAGAUGAUUUGCUGAGCCAAGUUGCUCAGCUGAAGGAGGAGAACGGCCAGAUCUUAAUGCAGGUCAAUCUGUUCACCGAGCAAUAUGUGAGGCUGGAGUCAGAGAAUACAGUUCUGAGGACUCAGGUGAUGGAAUUGACUGAUAGGCUUCGGUCGCUGAAUUCGGUUCUCCACCUUGUGGAGGAGCUCAGUGGGAUGGCCAUGGAUAUACCUGAGAUACCUGAUCCAAUCCUUAAGCCAUGGCAGCUCCCUUGCCCUGCCCAGCCAAUCAUUGGCAUCGGCGAAUGUGUUCCAGUGCUGAAGGUUCAAUUUAUUGUGUGAGAGCUGUGAUGGAAUCAAUGAGCAUUUGAUACAGGGGUUUGCUGCAUGAUCCUUUGUUAGUUUCCAUAUGUUGAGUAGUUCUUUUUAUCCUUGAUGUUAAAUUGAGUAAUGCGAUAUAUGUUCCUGUAGACUUUGAAUGUAAGAGAUUACCUUUUAUUUGAACCUGUUGAUCGAGAUGAAACUUUUAAUUGCUAUUUGGCCUGCACCUA